AUGGAACUCGGUCAGACGCAGCGGCCGCGCGCGCCGGCAGAACCAUUUAAGGACUACGAGCCGCGCCACAAGUGCACCGUGUGUUGCGGCCUCCGCUGCGCCGCCUUCACCGGCUCGGCCACAUUCUGCUUCUCCCUCAUCUGCAAUGCAUUUGUGCUUGGCGGUCGAGUGACGGACGGACGCGGCUGGCGUGGCUUCUUGAAUAGAAAUUCACUUAUCGCUCUGCCUGUCGCCGCCAUCACCUUCACUCAUCAGGUACUCCUCUCGGAAUCGCUGUGGAGCAAGAACAAGAAGACAGUAGCGCAGGUAAACACCCAAUCCACACUGUCGAACAUGUCGCUCUGGGGCUUGGGCACAGCGCUGUGCACAACUGUGUCGCGCCGCUACCUGCCAGCGCGUAGCAGGGCCUACCGUCUUGCUCUGUGGGAGUACCACCGGACGCGCCGCGGCUGCGCGAAUCCGUGGAUGCCGACGGUGUUCGGUCGUGUGACAGGGGACCUCGACUGGUAUAAUGUGAUGUGGACGCUGACGUUGUACCACCUGCUGUGGGGCAUGGUGUCGGUCAUGCUAGAGAAGGAAGUAGGCGCGCACUACGCCAUGUUCUACCGAAACGGGCAGUACAGCCGACGGUGCUCGCCACGGUGGAGGGAGUGGCGUGAGGUGGAGGUGCGUCGUCAUGUGGACACCGAGCAGGCCGUCGCGCCGAACCGAUGGGGUACGUUUAUCACGAAUGAUAAGUGGCGCACGCGCAACUUUUGA